UCUAUCCAAAUUCCAUUUUGGAGUGUUGGCAUCUUGUUCGCUUUUGUGGACUACUACAACUGGCCCAAAUGGAUUAUGAGAUACAAAAUUCAGCCAGGUACCAACGAGCCAGUCGACUUAAAUAAACUUACCGAGACCAUCAGAGUAGUGCUAGUCAAUCAGUGGGUCAUCGCUUUUCCACUGCUCAUCGCCACCUACUAUUUCCAGAAAAUGAUUCACCGAAUGCCAGAAAUUCAAGAGCUGCCAACCGUCGAGCGCGCGUUAUUUGAUUUUUUGGUCUUGUUCCUUUUUGAGGAGGUUGGAGUUUAUUAUGUGCACAGACUGAUCCACCAUCCCAAACUGUACAUCCGAGUUCACAAGAAACAUCACGAAUGGCGCGCACCUGUCGCCAUAGCCUCCAUGUAUUGCACCGGAACGGAAUAUUUCUUGCUCUUGAGUGCAGCAGCUGUGGGUCCACUCCUAAUGAACCCUCACAUACUCACUUUGUGGGUGUGGUACGCUUUUGUUCACCUGAGGAGCGUGAACGAACACACGGGCUACGAGUUCCCGUGGUUGCCAACUGCCGAGCAUCACAACUACCACCACAUAAUCAACAAUGCCUGUUACAGUCACUCCUAUUUCCUAGACUGGCUCCAUGGAACGGAUAAAGGUUUCCGAUCUUACAUGUGCCGCAAAAGAGCUCUGAAUAAUUUUACUGAACGUUUGGAAACUUCAAAUGCCAACUAUUCGAAGUAGCACAUUUGAUGGCGUUUUCGAACUUAAUGUUUCAUUGAA